ACGCACGGCUACGUGCUGACCGACACAUACCGUGCGGAGGGGCAGAGUUUGGAAAGAUAAUUCGAGACGGGAGAGCGAGAGAAGCUGUGAAGAGAAAGAAAGCAAAUAUAUAUCAAAUUUAAAAAAGCGUUCAAAACGCUGAUUGAAAACACGCGGGUAAUUGGAUUGAAAUACAGAUAAGACCCAAGAAAAUCAUCUCAAGAUGAACGCGUUUGACCGGAAUAUAAACUUUGACGCGUUGUUUAAAUUUUCACAAAUCUCCCGCUCGACCCAGCAGCACCUGAGGAAUGUGUACUCCAGCCUGGCCAUCUGCAUGCUCAUGGCAGCGGCAGGAGCGUACGUGCACGUGGUCCUCAGACUCUUCCAGGGGGGUCUGCUGUCCCUCCUGGGCUCGCUGGCACUGAUGGCCUGGCUGGGGAUGACCCCACACAGUCCGGACACAGAGAAGAAGCGGCUUGCCAUUCUCUCAGGGUUUGCCUUCCUUACAGGUGUGGGCUUGGGGCCGACUAUGGACUUUGUCAUUUCGAUUAAUCCCAGCAUCAUUUUGACUGCCUUCUUGGCUACGUCUGUGAUCUUCGUGUGCUUCACACUGAGUGCCAUGUACGCCCAGCGCAGGAGUUAUCUCUUCCUCGGAGGCACGCUUAUGUCUGGCUUGUCUCUCCUGUUUCUUCUUUCUCUGUUCAACAUGUUCUAUGGAUCGGCUCUGCUUUUCAAGGCUCACUUGUACAUCGGGCUGGCUCUCAUGUGUGCGUUCGUGCUGUUCGACACGCAGCUUAUAAUCGAGAAGGCAGAGAUGGGAGACAAGGAUUACAUCUGGCACUGCGUGGAUCUCUUCCUUGACUUUGUCACCAUCUUCAGGAAGCUGAUGGUCAUCCUUGCCAUGAACGAGAAGGACAAGAAAAAGGAACGGAAGUAGAGGGGACUCUGAAGGCGGCUGUGAACUUGAUCUCGCAUUAAAAGGAAAACCUUCUGAGACGAGGAGUAGUAUCCAAUAUGCUUCUGGUGCUUUUUUCUGUCUUUUCUUCUUAAUUAGUCGUUUUUUCUUCUAGUAUAAUGUGUCAUUUUGAAUAUUUUCUUGUGGGAGUUUGGCUUCACAUUAGGUUUGUGUUUUAAGGAGGGAUGUGAACUGUGGUGGUGAUGUGAUUUCUGUUUAGGGCUCCUGCACAGUGCAGACCUUGCAUUGUCUCUGCUGCAGAACUGUCAUGAUUGGAUUCGUCCAGCAGGAGGGGCUGUUUAUUUAAAAAAAAAAAAAAAAAAAACACGCUGGUUAACAGACUUAACAAAAAAAAGUGUUGUCCGGUUGCUAUUUUUUUUUUUUUUUUAUAAAGCAAAUCUUAAUUGGCCUCGCUCCUGUGAUUGUGACAGAGAAGAGCGGUUUCUUUAGAUCAGUGCGACCCAUCUUUCUUUACCCUCGUAGCACCCCGGUUUCUUUAGAUCAGUGUGACCCAUCUUUCUUUACCCUCGUAGCACCCCGGUUUUAAACAUUGUGGCACUGAAGUGAAUGAGAAAGCAUGCCAGGGACCCCCGUCCGUUUGAAGAGGGUGCUUUUCAGUUCCACUUAGGAUUAAAUUAGAUUUACCACCAAACGCAAGGGCCGUGUGAGCUGCGUGGAACGCAUGGCACACGCUUCUGCUGUAGUGUUUAACUGCUUCACAGCUCAGUUUUAUACACUGAUGAAGUCUUAAUUCCUGAUCAGAUCAAUCUGGGAUGUUGCGUUCAUUUAUAUAUGUUAUGUUUUGAAUAAAAAAUAAACUAAUAAAUAAAAACUAAGGAUAGAUUGAAAUUGGCAUCCGAGCUGGAUUUAUAUUUUUUGUAAGAAUUAGCAAGUUUGGGAUUGGGCUGAAGUGCUCUUCAGUCUCCCAGCCCCCUGUGUUGUGUUUAAAAUAUCAUCUUACUCAAUAUAUUCAACCUGUGUAGGGAUUCUAAAACACAUUGACCUUAAAAACUAAAGGAAACUUGUUAAUGUUUUUUUUUUUUUGUUCGAAGUGAUUCUGCUUCUGCGUAGGCUGAUAGUGCAGGGAGGGGUUUGAUUGAAUUCUGAUUAAAUUAGGGUUGCUGUCCCUGCAUUCGCUCUCUGCAGCCUCUUCAUGCACAGAUGUCUCUUCCAGAUUGCACCCCAGUCAAUGCCAUUGCUGACCCCUCGUCAGGUUUUGCAUUUUGAACCCUGCUCAUGUCUUCAGUAACAUCAGCUUCAUUGUGAGACUAUGGGGAAGCCAAACGUCCUUAUUUCCUAAUGCUUUGGAAGAAUCUUUCUGUCCUUGCAAAGUGCCAAUGUUACUAUUACCAGGUUACCAAACUUUGCUAUCAGCAUUUAUUUUAUUUAGAGAGAGAAAAUAAUACGUCUUAUUUGAUAGCUGAGGAUCAGUUUCACAAUUUUAAAAUAAGAAAAGUGAACCAUAUCUCUAACGCUGUGAAGAUUUUUUUUUUUUUUGUUCUUUUUGAGGGGGAGGGAUUGGGGUUAUAAAUCGUGCAUUAAUAAAAAAUAAAUAAAAGAGAAAUGUUCAUUUGUUAAAAUAAACUUUGAUUAAAACGAAA